AUGACCGACAAAGAGCACACCGCACUUCUCCUGCGCACCGCCGGUGCCCCUCUCGAGGUUGCCAGUCGUCCUACACCCACGCCUAGUCCCAACCAAAUCCUCAUUCGCAACAGAGCCGUCGCUCUGAACCCGGUCGAUAUCCAUAUCGCCCAGACGGGCUACAUCCUCGGUCCGCACGGCUGGCCCGUCGUAAUGGGCAACGACGGCGCGGGCGAUAUCGCCGCGUUAGGCGAAGGCGUAGCAGGCUGGCAAGUCGGCGACAAGGUCUUCUAUCAGUCGGGUUUCGAGCCCAACCGUGGGACGUUCCAGGAGCUGACGAUCGCGGAUGCUGUACGUAUCGCGCGUAUUCCGGCGGGCAUGUCGUACGAACAGGCUGCUACGGUGCCGCUUGCGUUCGCUACAGCCGCCAUUGGCGCGUACAAGCCGAGGAGCGAGAGGCUGCUCGUCCAUAACAAGCAUGAUGUUGGCGGUGCGGGGCUUACGCCUCCUUGGGAGGCGAAGGGACGUGGGAAGUAUGCAGGGAAGCCGGCGCUGAUCAUGAGCGGCUCCAGCUCUGUUGGCCAAUUCGCCAUUCAGCUCGCGAAGCUAUCCGGAUUCGACCCCAUCAUCACAACGGCGUCGAAACGCAACGAAGGACUCUGCAAGAGCGCGGGGGCGACGCACGUCCUGGACUAUCGCGAUGUUCCCUAUGCGGAACUGUCUGGUGUCGUAGUGGGCAUCAUAGGCGAUGCACCUCUUGAGUACAUCUACGACGCUGUGUCGAGCAAGGAGUCGCAGAAGGCCGAUUGGGAUAUGCUCGCUCCGGGCGGCGCCAUGGUCGUUGUGGCGCCGCCGUCGGAAGCGGUAGGAACGCCCGGAAAAGACGAUGAUCGGGGACGGCGUGUCGUGUGGGUGUUUGGCAAUGUGAACGAUCCGGAGCACGAGGAGAUCGGCACAUGCAUGUACGCAGUGCUGACGGAGAUGCUCGAGAAGGGGAAGAUCAAGCCAAGCCAAGUCGAUAGUCUUGGACACGGCCUUGAGACCAUCUCAGGCGGACUGCAGAAGCUCAAAAAGGGCGUGAGCGGUGUAAAGUUGGUGGCGUCUCUGUGA